AUGGCUCUCUUUGGAGCUCAGCCUCAGACUGGUGGGCUGUUCGGCGCGUCGUCCACCGCGAAUAAGCCUAGCCCCUUUGGUGGCGCCGGUGCCAGUGGAGGUCUCCUGGGAAUGGGACAGAAUCAGCAGAGCUCGACGGGGGGUCUUUUCAGUUCCACGACGGCGCAAAACCAGCAACAGACCGGGGGGGGUCUUUUCACUUCCUCAGCCCAACAGAAACCUCAAACAGGACUUUUAUCCGGGUUGGGCCAGACGCAACAGCAGCAACAACCUCAACAGCAGCAAGCCGGUAGUGGUAGCCUCUUUGGGUCGACGUUGGGCCAGCAAAAGCCCCAGGGGAGUCUGUUCGGUGGUCUCGGACAACAACAACAACCGGCGCAGCAACAGGCCGGAAGUCUCUUUGGGGGACUGGGUCAAGCGCAACCACAACAACAGCAACCGCAGCAACCGCAGCAACAACAGCAGAGCUUGUUCGGCGGGUCUCUCCUUGGCGGUCAACAACAAGCAGGUCAACAACAGCCUCAACUGGGCCAGACAACAGCGCAGCAACAGGGGUCGAGUCUCUGGUCCCCCGGUCGAGCGGUUACUGGGGUACAUCGAACCGUUCCGAUGCAGAUGCAGAUCGUCAAAGAGAAGUGGGAUGCUAGCAACCGUUCCUCUCCGUUCCGAACCUACCUGUAUAAUAAUGUCGGCGAGGACGCGGCGCCUUUUUACCAACCUAGCGCAGAGGAUGAUGAAACGAAAUGGGAGGAUGCUUUGCGACAGAGACCCUCGGCGGGUUAUGUACCCGUUCUCGUGAAAGGCUUCUUCGAGCUAGGCAAGAGAGCCCAGCGACAGAAGGAUUUCCUCACCAUGAUGCAGACUCGGCUUCACGAGAUCAACAAUUGUCUCUCUGACCUUUUGUCUCGCCACGACCUGAAGAUCUCGGUGAAGAUCGCUGACUGCCGUCGCAAACAUCUGGUGCUGAGCAAGCGCUGCCUGGCACUCGCGGCCAAAACCCAGGUCUUAAGGAACAGGGGCUACGCAAUGGACGAUGCUGAGGAGGAGCUGAAGAAAAAACUCUCCCAGCUGGAACGGUCGGUGUUCGACCCGUCCGUGAAUGGGCGUGCCGAGGAAAUCUGGGCGAGGAUGCUCGCCAUUCGGGAGAGGUCAAAACGCUUACAGGUGGAAAUCGAGAAAGCCGGCUCCAGUGCGGCCGCCCAGGCGGAUGACGAGCUAGACGAGAAUGCGAUGAAGGCCGCUAAGAAGAUAUUGGAUGACUACCAUGCUCAGAUUCAGCACCUGCAGAAGGAAAUGGAGUCGGUGAAAAAGGACCUGGAAGAAGCACAGAAACUUCAAGAGCGGGGAGGCCCCUAG